CCCAAGCGCGGGGUCAGAGCCAACAUGGCGGCGCCCAGCGGCGCGACCCGGCGUGGGGACAGCGGGACUCGGCCGUGACACCGCGACACCGCGGCCACCAACGGCCACAUGAGGCUGAGCUGGGUCCGGGCGCUGCCCCGGGGCCUCUGGGGCAGCCCCGGAGUUCCGGAGCUCUGCCGGAGUCUGUGCCAGCGCCCAGCGCGUGCCCCCACCGAGAGGGGCGACACCGCGGGGACCCCAAAACCUCGCGGGCCGCAGCGGCGCCACCCCACCGAGGGCGACACUGCGAGGGGCGACACCCCGAGGGGCGACGGUGACACUGCGAGGGGCGACACCCCGAGGGGCGACGGUGACACUGCGAGGGGCGCCGCCUCGGCGUGGCAUCGCCACUUCCAAGAGAUACGGGACAAGGAGCGCGGCCCGGAGCCCCGGGACCACCGCCGCGGGCACCUGGGGGGUGACACCUCAUGGGGUGGCACCUCGAGGGGUGACACCUUUAGGGAUGACACCUUUAAGGGUGACACCUCCAGUUCCCCACCACCACACCACCGCUCCCACCAGCACCACGAUGAUUCCCACCAGCAGGACCCCCGCGACGGGGACCCCUCGGAGCCCGGCUCCCCCCGGCGCGGCCCCGCCGCGUUCGAGGCCGCUCUGCGGGCCAUGGAGCGGUGGCCGCCGGGCCGCGGGGGCCGCCUGGCGCUGGUGGAGGCGGCGCUGGCGGCGAUGGAGGCGCUGGGCGUGGAGCGCAGCGUGGCCGCGUACAACGCGCUGCUGCGGCUGCUGCCCCGCGGGCCGUGGGUGCCGCGCGGGCCGGUGCAGCGGCUGCUGUUCCCGUUCCCGCGGCAGCAGGAGUGCGGCCUGCAGCUGCUCGAGCAGAUGGAGCGCUACGGCGUGAUCCCCGACGCCGAGACGCGGUUCCUGCUGCUGGGGGUGUUCGGGCCGCGCAGCCGCCCGCUCCGGAAGGUGCAGAGGAUGAUGUUCUGGCUGCCGCGCUUCCGCCACCUGGACCCGCACCCGCUGCCCCCGCAGCCAACCCGGCCCGGGCUGGCGGCCGCGCGCCUGGGGCUGCACCGGAUGGCCGGGGACCCGGGGGCCACUGUCACCGUCAUACAGCCGCCCGUGCCGGACACAGGGGACGAUGAGGGCUCCGUGCAGCCCUACAUUGUCAGCUCGCAGAGCCCCGAGCAGAGGGAGCUCCUGGCCCAGCACGACCCCGCCCGGGCCGUGUUCGUGGAGGGGCCGUUCCCGCUCUGGCUGCGCGGGACCCUCCUCAAAUAUUUCGUGUUACGGGGGGACCCCCUGCCCCCCCACCUCAGGGACCCCCCCCCAGACCCCGAGCGCAGCUUUUACUUCCCCCUGGAGCUGCAGCUGGAGCUGGAGCGCGGCCCCUGGGACGACGAGGAGUUCGAUGUGGACGAAGUGGAGGAGGGUCCCGUGUUCGCUCUGUGCGUGCCUGGCGCCGGGGACCGGCGCACCUUGGCCAGGUGGAUCUCGGCGCUGCAGGAGCAGAACCCGAUUUUGGGCAGAGCCCCCGUGGUGUUCCGGCUCAACGAGGGGGGGGCUGACCCCCGGGAGGGACCCCAGACCCCGCGGUUGGGCACGGGGACCCCCCCCGGGGCGGGGCUGGAGCCCCCCGAGGAGGGGGAGAGAGGGGGAGAGCCCCGGAAAAAUAACGGGGAAUAAAGGGAGGCUGAGAGUG